UGUACGUCGCGGUGCCGAGCCCUUUCCUUCCUUCCUCCCUCCCUCCUAAACAACAACAACAACAACAACAACAACAACAACAACAACAACGGCAGCUGUAGAAACCUUUCACUCCCACGAACUUUUUGUCUUAACUCACGGAUGGUGAGGUUUUCCGUGGAGCUCUUCUUGAAUAGUAACUGCUCUUGGCUGUCAAAAAGGACGUAAAGACCCGAGUUUCCUCGAAGCUAUCAUGCUGAACACCGAGGAAAGUUCCUGGUUCGCGGGGUCUCGACUGCCGAGCUCCAUCCCUCAGGCUCCAGGGCCUCUGUGGUGCUCCGAUGCCCCUCACCCACAGCUGAAGAUCCCGGGUGGGCGAGGGACUGUCAGGGAUCACUCUCUCGGCGUGCUACUACACAAGGAUGAGAAGUUAACAGUGACGCAGGCCACUCCAGUGAGUGGGAACCCCUCUCUUCUCCACUUCCACUACCAGCUGAGUGAGCGCCGCUCGGCCUUCUGGGAUACGGCUCUAUCAGAGGACAGCCUUUUCCUGGAGAUCCCUGCCGGGUCGCUGGUUGAGGGGAGCAAGGAGGGGCUAACUGCUCUGCUCGAGUUUGCAGAAGAGAAGCUCAAAGUUAACUAUGUGUUCCUGUGGUUCCAUAAAACCAGAGAGGAUCGAUUGUCCAUCAUCAAGACGUUCCACUACAUGGGCUUUGAGAUGGUGAAGCCGGGCAACCCCAUGGUACCGGCCCGGCCUGAUCUGGCCUUCAUGGUUUACUCUAUGGACAACAGCAGCUCAGAUGAGGAGUGACUGCUACAUAAUCUCUUGACACCUCCCUCAUACAGCCUCCACCGCCACCACCACCACCAAAAAAAACCAAAAAAAACCAAACCCACGCCCUCUACCCUUUUCUCGCUCGAGCAGUUGAAACCACCUCGACUCUUGCUCUGACACAAACCCGUUCUCCCCCUCUGAAAACCUUCAUCACUGACUGGGAGGUGUCACCCUUUGUUUUACAGACUUGUGAUUUAAGAGGGUGUCUGGGAGUGGUAGGAUUUCCAUGCAAUGCAGUCACCACCCCCAAGCAUAACUGCAGAUUGCAGAAACAGGGAACGGUGAAGGCUGAACUGAGUCGUCACAUGUGUUCUGGGAUUUGGGCUUUCUUUCCUUCUUUUUUUUUUUUUUUCUUCCUGCUUGGUGGUUCAUCUCUUGGUCACAUUAUUUGUUUGUGCUGCAUCAGCAGGACAAACAACUGUUAGACAUUCAGGGGAAGGUGGUGUUUUACAUUAAAAUUCAGCAUAUCUCUCGUCUGACAGCUUCUACCUUUUUAUAAGAAAAGAGACUUUGGUUUGUCUUUGUGUGAUCUAUACCUUGCAAGCUGUGCUGGUAGGGGUAAAAAGAGGGAAUUAUGGGUUUGGUAUAGUUAAUAAAAUGUUGUUUUGCUCUAUAAUCUAGAUGGGUGAAAGCCUGAUAUGUUACAUUUAACAUUAAAGCACAUGUAAACAUUUCUUCACAUUUCUUCCUGAAAUAUGUCAAGACAUCAUUCCAGCACAUGUCGCUCACUUAUUUUUUUUUUUUUUCUUUCUUUUCCAUCUGUCCAAAACCAUCUCGCCACAUAUGUGGAAAUACGCUGUGAGUUUCUCCACGUGUCAAAGCUAAGACACUGUGUGUCUGUGUCUGUGUCCGUGCGUGCGUGCGUGUGUGUGCGUGCGUGCGUGUGUGUGUGUCGAAAGUUGCAACAGGGGUAACGCCUUCUCUCCUGCUAUAACUCCAGUGUGAGUUAUUGACGUUCUGGAGAGGUGGAUGGCCUCGCUGUUGUUUCACUUUGUGCAUCACAAACAGAAACAAACACUUGCGGGUUUAUUUUUUUCAGAGAUAAUAAGCUGAAUAAUUGUUGUGUGAGAUGGUCCGGUUUAAAGCGCCACUUACUGUUAUUUUCCAUUAAAAUUUACACAUAAUGUUUAAAUCUAGUGACGCUGUAGCCCUGGUUUGUGGCUCUCGUGUAUUGCCUCUACAUUCAAGUCACAGAGCUAAGCAUCUGUUUUGAAGGAUAAUGACCCAUUGUUUUUUUUUGUUUUGUUUUUUUUUCCAUUGUAAAUUGCAGCUAAAUUUCUAAUCCAGGGUGGUCAGAAUUUACAUUGUGUGCUAUGUAAAACACAAGAAAUAUUCAUGUUAUUUUGUAUCAAUAUAUCAAAUACAAGGGAAAAUCAAUAUAGACACAUGUAACUGAUAAUAUAACUUUUUUAAUUUCAUUUCAUGUAGUACACAUUGAGUACGGACAUUAUGUCAUUUCUGGUUAACAUCUCUGGAACAGUGGCGCAACUUGGAAACUUGGUUAAAAAUCCGGUUUAUCGUGCAGCAGACAAUUUUCCAACCAGAUAGUUCUGGAAAAAAAAUUCAGAAGAGAGUUAAGUUUUAUUAAACCACCUUCUGGGAUUUCCAAAGGACACUGAGUAUUUAUUUUUCGGGAAAAUGGAUGUUUAUCGCUGUGACUUGAAUUUAACGGAAAAAUACACGAGGCACAAACUGGGGCUGGUUCAGCUUCAUUCAGCCCCGUAGAGUCAGUCAGUAGUACUAUCCUGCACCGGUGGAAAGCUCGAUUGAAACGGGGCUUUUUGUGCCUAAAAGAGGAGAGUGCAAUGUUCAUAUUUUUUACUCUUGAGUCUUAUCGAGGAAUGUGUUUGUUUUUUUUGGUUUUUUUUCUUUCUUUCUCCUUCAGACCCAUGCUAUGUCAGGAAAUGAGCUCAUCGUAGGGUACAACCAGAGCACUUCAGGUGAUUAACGUACUAUAUGCAAUUAGAGUAAAAACGCAGGAGGGAUCCUGCACAGGGUUUUGUUUUUUUGUUGUUUUUUUUUUUUAAUAGUACUCUGCACAAAACGCCAAAGAAUCCAUUCUGUGUCUGCUGUCGAUUUAAACCCUCUUGCUUUUAAAAUUCAGCUAAUUUAAACCUACUGUGGUAUGUAAAGCAAUAUUAACCUACAUUCCCCAUGCCAGCCAUACUUCACACCUCAGAGAAACAUGAUGGUAGUCUGUUCCUGUUGGGGUUGGGAUGGGGUGGGGGGGCCUUUUUUUUUUUUUUUUCUUCUCUCUCUCUCUCUCCUUCCUCUGCAUGUGUUCCGAUCAUACGAGUCUUCAUUGCUACUGAUUGAGCCCUGACUAUAAGCUGUUAGGAAAUGUCAAUAUUUGAAUUCUCUCAGAGGUAUAUUUUUAUGUAUGUAUAUUUCUCAAAUGUUUAUUGUGAUAGUUUAGGGACUUGUUUUUAGUUUUCAGUGAUUAGUUAGCAGCCAUUCGAUGACAAUCCACACUUGUAUACUCCGGAAAUUUUUGUCUUGGGGGGGAAAAUAAUAAAAGUUGACUAAAUGGG